CCUCCACAACGGCGAUUCGAUUCAUUGAGAAAGUGGAAUAGGCUACCUUGUUUCUAACUUGGUAGAAUUGUUACAAACUUUACACUUACACAAUAUUAUUAAAUGAUCAAACGUGAAUAGUAAAUACGACUGUAAAUGUGUUAUAAAUUAGAUGAGAUACGUGGACAACUAAAAGUUUUUUCUCAUAUAUGGAUCAUGAAAAAACUUAUGUCAAUAGGCCGCCAGGUGGCGAACUCAUCAAAUAAGGCCACCAAGGAAAAGGGAAAUAGGAAGAACACUGCAGCUAUUUGCACACAUGAAUUUAAGCAGCUGUUUACGUAUCCAGAGCUUCACAAAGUUAAGAUUUGAAUGCGCCGAAAAGAUGCGUCGUUAACGGUUCAGAUCACACUAUCAGAUGGAUCAACAGAAAUAUUUGCAUCGCAUUGGAUAUGAAAACCCUGCGGUUGCAACCCUGGACGUUCUCAGGUGCGUUCAUCGCUGUCACCUAAUGACAGUACCGUUCGAGAACCUCACUGUGCACAGUGGUGGGCGAGUGAGGCUGGAGCUUCCACUGCUUUACAACAAGAUUGUCAACCUGCGCCGCGGUGGAUUCUGCUUUGAGAACAAUGGGAUUUUCUCUUGGCUUUUAUCGGAAAUAGGUUUCGAGGUCACUCUGCUCUCAGGGCAGGUCAGGAACUCCAUCACCGGUCGUUACGGCCCGCCGUUCGACCACUGUAUUUCCAUGGUUAACGUUGAUGGAAAGCGUUGGCUGUGUCAUGUCGGCUUUGGCGCGGCAGGUUUCGAGUUUCCCAUUUCAUUAGAGAACACUGAGCCUCAAGUUCAGGGUCACCGAGUGUAUCGGAUCAGGAAAGACCAGAAUAUGCAUUUUCUCGAAUGGCAAGACGAAGAAAAUGUGGGGCUAGCUGGAAAGUGGUCAGAGAUUUACAAAUUCACACUUGAGGCACGAUGUAGAGAAGACUUCACUGCCAUGUGCGACUACCAUCAGAAUUCUCCAAGUUCCAUCUUCUUUCGCAAGUCCCUCUGUUCUAUCUUAAAGCCAACUGGAAGGCUUACCUACAUGGGGUACAAACUCAUCACCAGUCAGUUCCCUUCCAAGGAUGGAGAUAAUAUAACCAAGACCACCAGGGAGCUAAGGCAUGAGGAGAUCCCUGACAUCCUGAAGGAAGAGUUUGGAAUAGUGCUUGAAUCUCCCCUCAUCCCAAAGGAUGAAGAUAUUACACCCCACCUGUUAUCUAUUGAAUAAAAAAAAAAAUACUGAUACUUUAACAAUUACACACCAUUAAUGUACAGUAUGUAAUAUGACCAAAAAGACACAGGAUAAAUUG